CACUGGUCCUGCUCAGUUGGUGUAGGUCAUGUUGAAAUCUUUCAAGAAUUUUCGAGCCAAGGUUAUUUAUUUUCGUCGUCCAAAUUGGCAUCUCGCUGGCACUGCUGACCAAAAACUUGCAACGAACAUCCAGUCCACCAACGAACGAAUCAGCGCACAAGUGAGCCGCUUUUGUACUUGCAUCUCAUCUUGCAACUUUCCAGCUCAAGCAAAGGAAGCACGCUAAACCGCAACCAUGUCCACCCCACCCGAGCGUGAGCCCGAGCCCAGCAAGCUCAACGACGAAUGGGAGCGCCAGCAGCAGAAGACAUUUACUGCCUGGAUCAACAGCCACCUGCGCAAGCGCAACUUGGAGGUGAAGGAUGUGGCCAAGGACCUUUCCGAUGGCCGCAACCUCCUCGCCCUUCUCGAGAUCAUCUCCGACGAGGCUCUGCCAAAGCCCAGCCGCGGCACCAUGCGGAUCCACCAUGUGGAGAACGUUGGCAAGGCCAUGAAGUUCAUCCAGGAGAAGAAGGUCGACGUCAGCUCCAUCGGCCCAGAAGAGGUUGUUGACUCGAACCUCAAGAUGAUCCUUGGCCUCAUCUGGAUGCUCAUCCUUCGCUUCGAGAUCCAGGACAUCUCCGAAGACCAGCUGAACGCCAAGGAUGCGCUUCUGCUGUGGUGCCAGCGCAAGACCGAGCCGUACUCGAAUGUGGAGGUGCAGAACUUCCACAUGAGCUGGAAGGACGGCCUCGCCUUUUGCGCGCUUAUCCAUCGCCACCGCCCAGACCUCAUCGACUACGACAAGCUCAGCAAGAGCAACCCGCGGGAGAACCUGACGACGGCGUUUGAGGUUGCCGAGAAGGAGCUCAACAUCCCAAAGUUCCUCGACGUCGAAGACAUGGUCAACUGCAUCAAGCCCGACGAGCGCUCCAUCAUGACAUAUGUCGCCGCGUACUACAAGUGCUUUGCCAGCUUCAACCAGGCCGAGGUUGCUGCGAAGAAGAUUGCGACGGUGCUUGAGACGAACCGGGAGCACGAGCGGCUGAUUGCCGAGUACGAGACCAUGGCAACGGCGCUGCUGGAGUGGAUCCAGAAGACCAUCGCCUGGCUCGUCGAGCGACCAGCCAUCAACGACGUGCAGACGUGCCAGGACAAGCUGGAGACACUCAACAACUUCCGGUCGUCCGAGCUGCCGGGCAAGCUUGAGGAGCGGGCCAAGUUGGAGGAGCACUACAGCACGCUGCAGACGAAGCUGCGCCUCUCUGGCCGCCCACCGUUUGUUGCGUCGGAGAGCAAGGAGAUUGCCGACAUCACUGCGGCGUGGACGGAGAUGGAGGAGGCUGACCAGAGCCACCUGCAGUGGGUGAUCGACGAGCUCAAGCGCGUGCGCCAGGCCGAAGCAAAGGCUGCCCUCUUUACAAGCAAGGCUGAGGCCCACGAGGCGUGGACGAGCGGCAAGAACGCGAUGCUGUCUGCGGACGACUACACGGGCGUCAACCUGGCGACGGUGUCUGCCCUGAUGAAGAAGCACGAGGCGUUUCAGUCCGACCUGACGGCACACGAGCAGCGCGUGCACGAGAUUGGCACGCUUGCCAACGAGCUGGACGACCUCAAGUACGUCAACGCAGACGCCGUCAACGACCGCUACGCCACCAUCUACGAGAACUGGCAGCACCUUGUGCAGCUGACGCAGGAGCGGCAGACGAAGCUCUCCGAGGCCGAGGCCAACGCCCGCCACCUGGACGAGCUCUACCUCCAGUUUGCCCGCCAGGCCCCGCCCUUCAGCAACUUUGUUGAGUUGGCCAAGGAGAAGCUGACAGAGCCAUUUGUCGUCGAGACCGAGGAGGAAGCCGCCCAUCACUGCGCGUUUCUCUGA